GCGUGCAAUGCUGGUUGUGCCGAAGCAAUGACUGGUCAUCGCAAUCACUAUCACGUCAUCUGGUGAGAUUAUCUUUGUCGUUGGGGGCAGUUAUUUGAGACACUGUACAGUGCUGUAGCUUAUGAGUGACAGGGAGGUUCCACAACCGGACGACCGGAUCUUGCGAUCGGCUAGACGCCUGAUUGCCCACUUGGCACUAGGACCAGAGGGCGACAGAUACCCGUUCCACCAGCGUAGGGAAAGGUUGCAGCAGCAGAGGAGGGCUAGAGCAGCAGAGGCUAGCACGGCCCUUGUAAGUGAGGCCGCAGCUUCGGAAGCCAUGGCCACCUCUGCGCAGCAGACUACUCAGAAAUUGAAUGGCUUCCUUAAGCUGGUGGAGGAAAGGUGGCAUGAUCCUCAGGAGGCCCAAAGUGCCACUGACGCGAUCCUGACAUUGCACACGUGGCAGUUCAAGUCAGUAAGAGAAGCCACCGAUGCUGUUGAGCGUCUGAUCUGUGUCCCAGGGGUGCGCUAUGACCCCCAGGUACUACUCACCUCCUACCUGAGAUGCUUCUCCUUGCCUCUCAGGAACCAGUUGGCAGGUGAGGCCAACAUCAAUAUGCACAACUUUCCUUCGUUUAGCAAGAAGGCCCUAGACCUUGAGGCGAAGAUAGGGCAUGGAUUGGCAUCCACGUCAAACGGAAUGAGGAAGGCACUGCCUCCUAACUGGAAGGUGAAGGGCCGCAUUAUGUUUGUCGAUAACGAUGGUUCAACCAUCGAACUAGACAACAACUUCCAGGAAGGAGUAGGUUCAGAGGCAGGCAGUGCAGAAGCUUCAGAGGGUGGAGUAGUAGUUGUCGUAGCUCAGAAAGUGCAAGGGUGUCGGUACUUCAGUAAGAUAGAUCUGAAGUCUGGGUACCAUCAGAUUGCAAUCCGGCCCGAGGAUCAAUACAAAACCGCAUUUCAGACCAUGUACGGUCUGUACAAGUUUGUGGUGAUGCCUUUCGGCCUUUGCGAUGCUCCUGGCACCUUUCAACAUGCUAUGAAUCGGAUUUUCCAUGACUACUUGGAUACGUUUGCCAUCGUGUACCUCGAUGACAUACUUAUUUUUAGUAAGACUGUCGAGGAGCACGUUGCACACUUGGACAAAGUCCUUAGUCUCAUGCGACAACACAAGUUCAAGAUCAAAGGUGAGAAGUGCGAGUUUGGCCGCACCCGUGUCUUGUACUUGGGUCAUGAGAUUUCCACGAAAGGGUUGAAGCCCGAUGACGCGAAGGUGGCCAGCAUUCGUGACAUACUGCGUCCUCAGUCUGUGACUGAGAUGAGAUCAUUCUUAGGGAUGAUCGGCGACUAUCGCAACUUCGUGGAGAACUAUAGCAUAGUUGUCGCCCUUUUAACUGAUCUGACCCGCCUUGACACCGCAUGGGAGUGGACUGAGAGAUGCGAGGCUGCUUUCAGACAUUUGAAGCAUGCGUUGACGCAUUACGAAGUAGUGAAACUUCCUGAUCCUGACAAGUCAUUUAUAGUCAUUACGGAUGCUAGCCAAUAUGACAUAGGCGCCAUACUUGCACAACAAGAGGGGAAAAAGUUGAGACCAGUAAAGUACAUGUCCAAAAAGAUGCCCUCUCAGAAGUUGGCUAAGUCCACCUAUGAGAAGGAACUCUUUGCGAUUUACAAGGCUCUGACCCAUUGGAGGCAAUACCUCCUUAGGAGGUUCUUCAUCCUCAGGAUUGAUCAUUUGACCCUGAGAUGGAUGAGAACUCAGUUGUAUGACUUCAAGCCCCAGUACAUCAAGGGCGAGUACAACAAGGUUGUUGAUGCCCUGUCGUGUAGACCAUACUUCUCUGGUGCGCUGAUCACUGAGUUUGGGCUUGCGGACAAUGUCACUCAAUCCAUGGUGGAAGCCUAUCGCGAGGAUCAGUUUAUGUCAGAAAUCAUACGCAGACUAGAGGCGAAGGACAAAAAUACUUCAGCCGAGUUUGAGUUGGUUAACGGCUUGUUGUUCCUUGAGAAGGCAGGGAAUAAGCGUUUGUGUGUCCCGAAUAACGAGUCUUUCCGUAGUUUGUUUUUAGGUGAGUGUCAUGAUGCCACCGGCCAUUUUGGGUAUAAGAAGACCGCAACCAAUCUGCUGCAGCGGUUCUGGUGGCCCACGAUGAUGCGAGACGCCCAGCUGUACGUGGAGACUUGUCAGGUAUAUCAAAGGGAUAAGCCACGUACUCAAGCUUCUCUUGGGCUCCUGAAGCCCCUUCCGAUUCCGGAAAGGCCCGGUGAGAGUCUGUCUAUGGACUUCAUGGAUACACUGAUCACCAACAAGAGUGGGAUGCGACAAAUCUUCGUCAUCGUGGAUAGAUUUAGUAAGUAUGCUAGGUUAGUAGCAAUGCCGAAAACAGCAAGAACGGAGUAUGUGAUCCGAAUGUUCAAAGAAAACUGGGUCAGAGACUUUGGUUUACCGAAGUCUAUUAUUAGUGACAGGGAUGUCCGAUUUACCAACGAAUUAUGGAAGGCCGCUGCUGCAGAGCAGGGAACCCAGUUGCAAAUGACUUCUCGGAAUCACCCAGAGGCCAACGACCAGGCCGAGCAAAUGAACCGCGUUGUACAACAUUUGUUGAGGCAUUACAUCAAGCCCAACCAGGUGGACUGGGAUGAAAAGUUUGCUCUCAUCGCCAGUCUGUACAACAAUGUGGUACACAGUGCCACCGGGGUGUGCCCGAACAGUUUGUUAUUGACUUUCAAGCCUAGACUACCCUUAGAUUUUCUCCUUCCUGAGAAUCAGUCAACUGCUGCACCAGGUACUUUAGAAUUUGCUUACCGUUAUGAACAGAAGAUGCAGCAGGCUAUAGAACAGAUGCAAAAGGCACAGGCGGCUAUGAUAGAAUCUGCAAACAAACACUGUCGUGAGUCUUCAUUUCAAGUUGGGGACAAAAUCUUGGUUAAGUCCUCAGAACUGGGACAGGAGCACGGGAUUUCCCGCAAGCUCAUGCCACAGUACUUUGGACCAUGGGAAGUCUUAGAUAUUGUUGGGACUGAUCCGGAUGGACCUUCUUACGUAGUCCGGAUUCCUGGUUAUCUUCGUACUUACCCCGUCUUUCAUGCCUCCAAGCUUGCACCAUUCAAAAAAACAGAUCAGUUUCCAUCUCGCCGCUCAAUGCUGCCCCCAACCAUGGACGGAGAGGUGGAUAUCGAUGAUAUCGUGGACCACAAGGAGAUGCAAGUGGCAAGACCAAUAGGCAGGGGACCUACUCCAAAACCGAAGCUGCAGUAUCUCGUUCGGUUCUGGCAUCAUACUGAUCUGAAGGAGGACCACUGGUUCAUCACGGAGGAACUCAUGCAGACCGCUCCUCAAGUCGUAGCCCAUUACGAGAGAUCUCUGCAGAAGGGAAAGCGCCCAAUGAUUGGAGAUUGAGCUUCUCAGAGGACUGUUGAAGCUAAGGAGGAGGGAAUGCGAGGCCAAUGCCUCUAUGAGCCCCUUAUGGCCCCAUUCUGAAGCACG